GUUUUAAUCAUAGUUAAAUGGGCUGCUGUUCUUUUAAAUUAUAUGCAGAUGAGAAAGGUAAUAUUAAAAGUAAAAUAAGCUAUUAUAUAUAAUGAAAAUGAAAUAGAUGAAGUUUAGGAAGGACUGGAAUCUGAAAAUGAGGAGAUAAUAGGAAAUUCUAAAAUAAUAAUUCAUGAUAAAGAAACUAGUUUUAUAAAAUCAAAUUCAUCAUCAAAAGGAUAGGGAAAUUCAAGAGAAUUUGAAUAAUAGUAAGUUUAAGUUAAGGAUAAGGAAGGAGAAUCAGUAGAAUUUGUAAAAAAAACUAUUAGUGGAACUAUGAAAUUGACUCCUGAAAUGUUAGUGAGAAAGCAANUAAAAAAAAGAUGUUUUGAAUUUAAGUUUUUCAACUGA